UAUGGCUACCUCUGUGUGUUUUAAUGGGCGGAGACUGCCUCCUUCAAAAUGUAACGUUAGUCAGAGAGAGAGAGACAACACGGCUUAUCCAUCAGCAGCUAUUACAGGCCGUGGAACCUGCAAUUCUUUUUUUGCUCGCAUAGUUUUAAGUCCCGCACAGUGCGCUGUAUCAGUUUGAUAACGUUACAAAACAAGAGAGAUGAGUCAGGCAGGGCAGGUGCCUGAGGACAUGCCUGCAUACCUCAAUGAUGAGCCAGCAGCUACAGAAGACAACAUCAAGGACCAUCCACAGACGCAGCCAGGCAUGUUCGGCAGGUUGGCGGGUGGCUUGUACGGUGCCACCAAGGGAGCUGUGGGAGCGACGGUGGGUGGGGUGACCUGGAUAGGUGGAAAGAGUCUGGACCUCACCAAAAGCACCGUCUACUCUGUAGCCGCCCUGCCUGCGAUGGGAGUGGGGCUGGUUAAAGGAGGAGUUUGUGCUGUAGCUGGAGGAGUGACUGCUGUUGGUUCUGCAGUGGUCAGCAAAGUUCCCAUAGGAGGAGGCAAAAAGAAGGACAAGUCUGACUGAUGGGGAGAGGAGAGUGAACGCACACAGCUGAGGUGUUAUGGCUUGCACUGUGCUGUUGCCUGUGUAGGAAUCAUGAGCAACAGAGGACUCAAAAGUUUAGUGUCCACAUUUUGGUGAGGGUUCUUUGUUUUUUUUUUCUUUUGUUUUUUUAUGUGAUUGUUGGUAAAACCCACUUUCAUAUAUUUUUUCUGGCUAAGACCCGCAAAGCAAGAACUAACAAAGACUAUCCUGCUCUGUUGUGAAAUGAAACACACUAUUAUCACCAGUGCCUGAAAAUGCUGAAAUAAAAUGUCCAUGUUUCAUAUUUGAUAAUAAGCGACAACACUGCUUUCACUGCAAACUGUUGUGUUCGCCAUAGAACUUAACUUCAGUACCAGAGGAGAAAAGCUGAGUAAAGUGUAAAUGCACUUACAUUUCACUUGCAGGACAAUCAGUGAUCAAUGAUGAUCUGUAACUAACAAGAAGGUGUUUCACUGUCAACUGACAAACAUGUGGCUCAGAAAAUGUGUAUAGGGUGACUAAAUCACCUUUCUGUUCAGUUCCCUUUGUUCAGCCUGCACAAAUGAACAAAUACGUCUGAUCAAAGAGUACAUUCCAGGUUAAUAAUGAAGCCAUCUGCUGGCUGUUACUGAAUAUUCCUCUGAGGAGAUUUUGUAAGUUUCAAUUUUCUUCUGAUUUCACACUGCCCUCUGGUGGUUAUAUUCUCACUGGAGUGGAAAGUGACUCAUACUUUUGAUACUGAAUCUAAAUCAUUACAAUAAAUAUAAAAU